GCUCCGUACCUGGGAGUGGAGGCUAUGAUCAACAAGUGGACAGAACACCACUUUUUAUAUCAAAUCGAGGAUAUAUUGCAUCGACUUACCUAGAUUUGGAAGGUAAAUCGUACCGAUUUCCCAUUGCAUUAUUGGAUACAUUUUACUGGAUUAUUAUUUUGGGAAAACCUACUGUUUGGUUCUAUCGUGGACAAUUUGAGGGUAUUUUCAUCACCCACUUUUUAAAGAAGAACUAUUGUUUGUGACAUAGUUUUGUCAUGAAAUAAGGAAAACAUUUCCGUUUUUGUGGACGUGGUGUAUUCGUGGGAACUGGCGCACGAACGAAUUCAAUUUAUCUUAAAUAGGCUACAUGAUAGGAGGCAUGAAAUUAACUUUUACAACACAAUGCGGCAAAACGGCGUCUCUCUACAGCUGAUCGGAGGUUUUAACCACUGACUUCUCCAGAAUCUCGACAUAAACACCUCUUCCCUGGAACAUGCUGGUCAAGGCCUAUUUGUGGCUGAGCAAACUCUGCCAAGUUCUCCUGAUUGGAUUCACUUAAUUAAAGCACCACCCCACAUAAACAAACAACUGGAUUUUACAAAGAAAAAAACACCUGGCCCCCAAACAGGAAGUAGAACCAUGACUGUUCCCUGUACGGACCAAUAGGAAGCGUUCUGAACUGAACAUGUGGGAAAGCGGGGGGCCUUCCGUCUCAACCGCCUCCCCCCUCCUUUGGCUCCUCCUGUUCUCUGGAAUAUUCCUGGGCACUACGCCGGCACGGGCCUGCCCCAAGAGCUGCCACUGCGUGGAGAAGAGCGGCCUGACCGCCGUGCAGUGCACCUCGCGCAACCUGGACCGCAUCCCGCCGGACCUGCCCCGCGACACGGCCGUGCUCCUGCUGUCCUCCAACCACAUCACCUCCAUCCCCAGCCAGGCCUUCAAGGACCUGCACCACCUGCAGGAGCUGGACCUGUCCAACAACAACAUCGACACGGUGGACGCCGGGGCCUUCCAGGGCGUGGCCGACAGCCUGGACUCGCUGGACCUCUCCCACAACCGGCUGAGCCACGUGCCCCGGGAGGCCUUCGCCCGCCUGCAGGCCAAGAUCAGCCUGUCGGACAACCCCUGGCACUGCGAGUGUGCGCUGCAGGAGGUUCUGCGGGAGCUGCGGCUGGACCCCGAGACGGUCAACGAGGUCAUGUGCACCACGGCGGUGCAGGAGGAGCACGCCGGAAAGCCUGUGAUCCAGGUGCUGGACUCCGGGGUGAACCUGUGCAACUUCCACCACAAGACCACCGACGUGGCCAUGUUCGUCACCAUGUUCGGCUGGUUCGCCAUGGUCAUCGGCUACGUCAUCUACUACGUGCGGCACAACCAGGAGGACGCGCGGCGCCACCUGGAGUACCUCAAGUCCCUGCCCAGCAGCACCCAGCUCAGCAAGGACCUGGACACCAUCAGCACCGUGCUAUAG